UUUCACGUGGACUAGCUAGCUAGCUAGGGAUUGCUAGCUAGCUGUGGAGCCGUGGCUUUUCGCGUGGGCUAAGAAGCUAGCCGUGGAGCAGUGGCAGUGGUGGUAGUAGGGGUGAUGUCUACCAAGGGAAGGCCGCCACGACCUCCUGGUUCAGCAGGACCCAGCAGUAUUCCUGGCAGCAAACGGCCUCGGACUCAGUCUACAUCAUCAUCUGUAGUAGCAAGUGGGAGUGGAGCUGUUGUACACACAGACGGCUGGAACGAGGGCCAGAUAGUCCGUAUACGUCUCCACAACUUCCUGACAUUUGAUGACGUGGAACUUUACCCAUCACCUAAACUCAACGUUAUAGUGGGACCGAAUGGCACAGGGAAGUCGAGUAUCGUGUGUGCAAUAUGUAUCGGCCUCGGAGGUCGACCAACCAUCUUAGGCAGGGCUAAAGAGUUGAAGGACUUUGUGAAACACAACACGGUGGGAGGGUGGGUGGAGCUAGAGCUGUUCAGUGGGCGGGGCAAGAACCGGGUCGUCAGGAGACUCCUCAGCUGCGAUGCCAACACCUCGUCAUGGAUGCUGGAUGGGAAAGAGGUUCCCAAGAAAAAAAUUGAAGAACUCACCGCCGAUCUUCACAUCCAACUGGACAACAAGUGUCAGUUUCUUCCACAGGAUAUGGUUGUAGAGUUUGCAAGAAUGGAUGCCUGCAGUCUUCUGGAGGAAACUGAGAAGGCAAUUGGAACUAAGGAUCUCUAUGCCAACCAUUCAAAACUAAAGGAACUGCAGAAAAACCGCCACUCAUCUCGAAGCAGGAUAGAGGAGAAGAUGAGACAGAGAGAGGUCGAGGUUGGCAGAAACCAGCUCCUCCAGAGAGACGUGAAGAGAUUCAACAACCGAAAGCAGUUCCUGACUCAGAUCACUCACCUCAAGAUGAAGAAGUGCUGGCUGGAGUACCAGAGAGGAAGGGCCCAGUUCCAGGAGGCCAAGGAGGCCAGGAAGAAGGCAGUGAGGGAGUUCCGACUGGCCACCAACGAGUACCAACCCAUCGCCAAGAAACACGAAGAGCAGGAGAAGGCCGUCUCUAGUUUCGUCAAAAACAGCCAGGCAGCUAGGGAUGUGUGGAGGAAGUCGAUGAGAGGCCAACAGUUGAGUCGAGAUAAGAUGGAGGGUCUCGAGGAUGAGGUGGAGUCACUGGCUCAGGAGCUGGAGGAGAAGAAGAGAGAGGAGGCCAAGAGACUCAAGAAAGUGGCCACCAUCCAGAACGAAAUACAGGCCUACACGUUAGAGCUGGAACAGAUGGAGAAGCCAGCGUCCAUAUCUCCACUCAUCUCAGAGAAGAACACUAAGAUAAGGGCCCUGGGAGGAGAGAUAGCUGCGCUGAGACAAGAGAUGCAUGAGAUCUGUGCUCAGAGGGAGGAGCACAUUCAACACAUGAAACGUUGUGAGGAUGAGCUGGGUCAGAUGCAGAACGUGAGGAACCAGCGACUGAGACUGCUGCAGAGGUUCGACAGGCACACCCACGACGCCGUUGUCUGGCUGGAGAACCACAGACACCUCUUCAACAAACACGUCUUUGAGCCCAUAUUACUGAGUGUGAACGUUCGUGAUGCCAGUUACACCAGUCAGGUGGAGGCCGUCCUGGCCGGCAGAGAUUUCUACUCCUUCGUGGCUCUCACCAAGGAAGACAAAUCAACCCUCUUGAAAGAGCUGAGUGACCGAAUGCGACUCAAGAUCAACGUGGUCCUGGCCCCGAGCCACGAUGUGUCCGAGUACCGCCCCGACAUCUCUCCCGACACCCUGGCCCGCUGCGGCUUUGCCGGGAUGAUCAUGGACUUCAUCGAGGCCCCCGGGACCUCUGCUGGCCAUGUUCUGCCAGUUCCACAACCUGCACAACGUACCCCUCGCCAACGACCUCUCACCCGAGCAGCUAGAUGGGGUAAUGAAAGACCUGCCAAAUCUGAGAAGAUUCUUUACCUAUGACACUCAGUAUUCCCUCACCAGGAGUCGCUAUAGUGACAAAGUCAUCAUGAAGAGUGGCAGUAUAAUGCCUUCUAGGUACCUGACUGCCAGUGUCGAUGUUCAGAGGAAGACAGAGCUGGAGGAAGAGAUAAAGGAAGCCCAGAGAGCUUUGGGAGAGUUGGAUGGGAAGUACAGUGGGUGUGAGAAGACACAGGACGAGCUACAGAAGGAGGACAGCAGAGUCCGACACGAAAAGAACCAGCUGAAGGUGAAGAUUGACUCCUACAAACAGGCUCAGAGCAACAUCUCCUCCAGGCAAACAAGACUCCAGGGGAUCAAAGACUCAAGUUUUGAUCUUGCAGCCGAGGAAGAGAAGAUGAGACAAGAAGUGGGAAAGAUCCAUAAGAAACGGAUUGAAGCACUCACCAAGUUGCGUGUUCAUUUGGAGGAGAGCAAGAAGAGCCUGGUGGAUUGCUGCAAGGCCUGGGCUCUGGUGACCCAGGCAAAGAUGAAGGUCAAACAGCUCAUCCACCAGUUCAGAGUAGCCAAGGCAAAGCUGGACAGCGCCGAGCAAGCCAAGGCUAAUCUGGAGGGUGAGGUGGGCGGGAUAAAGGCACGAGUCCUCCAGUUGCUGGAGACGGCAAGGAGAGUCUCUGGGGUACAGGAUCCUCAGGAGGACCAGGAACUCAUGAGUAGAUUCAAUACAUUUCCUGACGAGUUGGACGAAGUCGAAGAGAGAAUUCAUGAGUGCCAGGCACAGGCUGACCUCUGCAUGGGUAUUGACGAAGAGGCAGUCAGGGAGUAUGAAGAGAGAGAGAAGAAAAUUAGAGAAUUGGAGAAGGAGAUCAGUAAGAUGCAGAAAAGGUCUGAUGAUGCCGAGAGUGAGCUCAGUGGCCUAAAGGAAAGCUGGCUGACUCCACUGAAAGAUCUUCUGGGAAAAGUCAGUCUCAGAUUCUCAGACUACUUUCGUCUGAUGCGUUGUGUAGGUGAAGUUGCUCUCCAUGAAGACCCUCACAUGCAUACCCUCACAUUAUAACACACGCAGAAGGACUUUAGUCAGUACUCAGUGAAGAUAUCGGUCAAGUUCCGGGAUUCUGAGCAGCUCCAGCCACUGAAUGCCCAGAGACAGAGCGGCGGGGAGAGGAGCGUGUCCACCAUGCUUUACCUCAUGGCACUCCAGGGAAUCACCGCUUGUCCCUUUAGAGUGGUGGAUGAAAUCAACCAGGGAAUGGAUCCAGUCAACGAGAGGAGAGUGUUUGAUCUGAUUGUGGCUGCCAGUUCCCAGGAAACAGAGUCAUCCCAGUAUUUCAUCCUAACACCCAAGCUAUUGCAGGAACUGGACUACACCAACGCAGUCACUGUUCACGUGGUCCACAACGGACAAGAGAUGCCCAAAUUCAGACAACAGACUUCAGAGUGUUUCCUUUGCUGAUCUCUUCACCUCUCUCUCAUCUUUGACUUUACUCAACCCAUGUAUACAAUAAACCUCGCAGUUAGUCAGGUAUAUGAUCUCAGAAUUUGAUCACCGGUUUAUCAUUAUCCGUUAUAUACAUGAACAGUAUAUAGACUCUUCAUUAUCCCUCUACUUUACUGUGAUCGUGUCACUUGACCUUUAUACGUUUUGAUGAGUGUUUUAUACAACACGUAGCACACAAGUUUGAUAGGGCCGUCCUACUAUGAUAGUUGUGGUGAUAAUUUAUAGUUGGUAUUAUAAUGCAAGUAUCCUUGUGAUGACAGAUUUACAUAUAUACUAGUAUAUAAUAUAUACACAUGUGGUCAAAUCAACAUUUACAUUUGGAGGAAACGGAAACUCCCAGACAGCCGACCUCCUGAGCACUCCUGUACACCGAGCUCCUCCAUGUCUCCAAUAGCUGUCCAUACUCUUUCAGAACAACUGGGUUUUUUUCAGAAAUGUCUGUCGUCUCAAACGGGUCGUCUAUUAGGUCGUAGAGCUGUGCCGAGUGUACAGUUCCACCACUGUACUCUGAGUAGACUUUGUACCUGUCUCCACUUAUGGCUGCGUGAUACGUAGAGUUGAAAUCUCCGUCCCGUAUAUGGAAGGCCCAGGCAAUGGUCUUGUUCCUGGCGUGCCUCUCUUGUUUUAUCAGAGGGAGGAUAGACUCUCCAUCGAUGGUACGGUCGGUGG